AUGUUCCAAAGUGCUAAUCAACAAUUGAGAAGAGAAAAAGGAAAAAAAGAUUUGAGAGAAACUUUUUCUUGUGCUACUUUACAGCAAACUUAUCAAGAAGAUAAACACUUUACUGUCCUCGGACUAAUGAAGGAACGGGAUACUUAA